AUGUUUGAAGCACGACUGAAUGCUAGCAAUGUCCUCAAAAAGGUCCUUGAUGCCAUCAAGGACCUUUUGAAUGAAGCUACAUUCGACUGCAGCGACUCCGGUAUUCAACUGCAAGCCAUGGAUAAUUCCCACGUAUCCUUAGUAUCACUGUCGUUGCGCUCGGAUGGGUUCGACAAGUACCGUUGUGACAGAAAUCUGUCCAUGGGAAUGAACUUGGCCAAUAUGGCCAAGAUUAUGAAGUGUGCAAACAACGAUGAUACACUGACCAUGAAAGCGCAGGACAACGCGGACACUGUUACGUUUAUGUUUGAAUCACAAAACCAAGAAAAAGUGUCCGAUUACGAAAUGAAAUUGAUGAAUCUGGAUCAAGAGCAUUUGGGUAUUCCAGAGACAGACUAUGCUUGCGUUAUUCGGAUGCCUGCAAUGGAAUUCGCCCGCAUCUGCCGUGACCUGUCUCAAUUUGGCGAAUCCGUGGUCAUCUGUUGUACCAAAGAAGGUGUGAAAUUCUCCGCCUCGGGUGACGCUGGUUCUGCUAAUAUCAAAUUGGCGCAAACUGCGUCCGUCGAUAAAGAGGAAGAAUCCGUCAUCAUUGAAAUGCAAGAGCCGGUUGCACUUACUUUCGCAUGUCGUUACCUUAACUCCUUUACGAAAGCCACACCACUUUGUAACCAAGUGCAGCUGUCUAUGUCCGCGGAUGUACCAUUGGUAGUAGAAUAUCGGAUUCCAGAUCUGGGACACAUUCGCUAUUAUUUGGCCCCUAAAAUUGAGGACGAUGAAAAUUAA